UUGGCCUUCAACACCAAUUGAGACUACACACCAUCCAAGUUUGGACGGAUUGAAGCUUUCACAAACCAACUUAACAACGAUGGGUUGGGAAGGACAAUUCGAGCCUAACGGCACAGAGGGCAAAAACUUCUAUAUCCCCAUGUCCAACAGGACUGGGAUUGUUAGAAGUCCCUUUGAAUACCAGCAGUAUUACCUGGUGGACCCCAUUUGGUACAAACUUUUGGCUUGUUACAUGUUCUUCCUGAUCUGCACUGGAACCCCCAUCAACGGCCUGACAUUGUUGGUCACAGCUCAGAACAAGAAGCUCCGGCAACCUCUCAAUUACAUCCUGGUCAACUUGGCCGUGGCUGGUCUCAUCAUGUGCGCCUUCGGAUUCACCAUCACAAUCACAUCUGCCAUCAAUGGCUACUUCAUUAUGGGAGCCACCGCCUGUGGGGUCGAGGGAUUCAUGGCCACGCUGGGAGGUGAAGUUGCUCUCUGGUCUCUGGUGGUGCUGGCUGUGGAGAGAUACAUUGUCGUCUGUAAACCUAUGGGAAGCUUCAAGUUCACUGGGACCCACGCUGCAGCUGGAGUUGUCUUCACCUGGAUCAUGGCUUUCGCAUGUGCUGCACCUCCACUGGGUGGCUGGUCCAGAUACCUCCCUGAGGGCAUGCAGUGCUCCUGCGGACCUGACUACUACACUCUGGCUCCAGGCUAUAACAACGAAUCCUACGUCAUAUACAUGUUUGUCGUCCACUUCUUUGCUCCCGUCUUCCUCAUUUUCUUUACUUAUGGCAGCCUUGUACUUACAGUCAAAGCUGCUGCAGCACAGCAGCAGGACUCAGCGUCCACCCAAAAAGCUGAGAAGGAAGUGACACGUAUGUGCGUGCUGAUGGUCUUUGGCUUCUUAGUGGCUUGGGUCCCAUAUGCUACUUUCGCUGGGUGGAUCUUCAUGAACAAGGGAGCUUACUUCAGUCCUUUGACUGCUGCUAUCCCUGCCUUCUUUGCAAAGAGCUCUGCCCUGUACAACCCAGUAAUCUAUGUGCUGAUGAAUAAACAGUUCCGUAACUGCAUGCUGAGUACUAUUGGAAUGGGCGGCAUGGUGGAGGAUGAGUCUUCAGUUUCCACGAGCAAGACAGAAGUGUCUUCUGUGUCUUAAAAAUGACGACAACUCAAAAUCUAUGGACGUUUUCCUUAUUGAUUGCAUCCAGAUUUUUAAACAAUCCCAUGAAAAAAAAUAUGUUGGACUUUUGCCAAAUGGAACUAUGGAAAUGAAUGGACUCUGGACAAAACACACUAACGAAUUAUCAAUCCAUCUGUCAAUAUGUAUAUAAAGAAAGUGUACAAGAGAGAUACCAGAAUGCUGCAGGCGUGCAUCGUGUUGUCCAUCUGUAUGUGUGCAUCAGUGUACAAGUGUGACUGAAAUGUGACUCACUUUACAGUGUUUGAUGGCACUCAAAAAAGUUCGAACCUGCUGCAGCGCGACAACACUUGGCCCGUGUGCAAUCACAAGUGGGGCUAUUUUCAUGUAAUUAUGUGACGUUUCACUGGGCUACCAGUGUGAUUGUUUUUAUGUAUUUCACAAAACAAAAGAAAAAAAACAUAGGUUGGAGUAAAUAAAUGCAUGCAUGAAAAUA